CAUUGUCAACGUCAAGCGCAAACGAAUAGGACUCGCAUCGUUUUCCCAUCUCCAUCCAGCAGCCGCCAUGGAGCGGACGCGUUGGGCGGGCCUGGCGCCGGACGUGGCCCGUGACAUCGCCGGACGGCUGCACGACGCUGCCGACUUCGUCCGCUUCCAUGCCGUGUGCAAGCCAUGGCGUGACUCGCGGGACGCGCAGCCGCCGCUGUUUCGGACACCGACGAACCAGUUGCUGCCGUGGCUCCUCGCGGUUCCCGACGAUGACUCAACCCCAAUCUACUUUAGAUGCAUCUUCUCCAAGUCCAGCUAUCGCACACAGCGGCCACGACCGCUAUUCACGACCCGAAGGAUCUGGGUGUGCAACGCAGACGCCACCGCCGUUCGGUACCUCACGGUCGAACACCUCUGCCCUAGCCUUCAUGACCCCCUCACGGGAGAAGUCACCCAGAUGGCUUGUUUCCCGUAUAACUUCCUCGACGAGUGGGACAAGGACAAUCGCGAAGGUGUCCUCUAUGCCGAUGGUACCAUCCUACUAUAUAACAUCCUCUAUGACGUUGGCAUAUAUGGCAACAGGGCCAUCUUCAAGGCAGCACUCCUACGCUCCGGUGAUACAAAGUGGAUGCUCGUCGAAAGAACCCUUGACAACCCCCGUGAGCACGGUGAGUUCUGUGCCGCGUACCACGGCGGGAGGAUCCUGGUCAUAGUGAGGUCUAGCCUCUGUCGCGUCAUCACACCAGAGGUCAAUGUCGCCGGCGACAUUCUAGUCCCAAGGACGUGCGGUGACUAUAAGUUCUCCUACAACUACAUCUUGGAGUCCCGCGGCGAGCUACUAUGGGUGUCGGUUUAUACCAAGAUCCCGGAAGGCAUAGGUCUAUUUCGGCCGCUCUCGGUGUUUGUGCAUGCUCUAGAGGAGGAGGCGUCGAAACCGGGGAAGAUGACGUGGGUGAGAAAAGAUGAUAGUUGUCUGGCCGACCGUGUGCUGUUUUUAGGGUCACCUUGUAGCUUGGCCAUAGACGCCUCGCGACUCGGUAUCAAAGGCGGGUGCGCCUUCUUCAACUACUAUACUAGGUUAGCCUUGCAGCGUAAGCAGUUUUGCAUGUACAAGUACAAUCUUAUGAACGAUAAGACCGAGUUCGUCGAGCGGCUGCCAAAAGGAUGGGAUGAAGGCAAGUGCUCGUGGAUCAUCCCCCAACCCCCUAUUUCUCCAAUUCAGGAAAUCACUAAGAAGGCUCCAGAACGAAAGCAGCAACAACAAGAGCCAGCUCCGCUUACUGAUCCAACACGUGUUAUUCACAUAUUGAGACAUCGUGAGCCUCGUUUCAGGGUUUUAGUGCGUAAUCUGCCUCUCACGGUGGAUAGCUCUCAACUGGAAGUUUUGUUCAGCAAGUACGGCAAAGUCUCAAACGCCAAGGUACUCUACAACAAGAAGACAGGGCGUUCCCGCGGUUUCGGUUUCGUAACCAUGUCGACGGCACAUGCUCAUCUGAUCGAUGCUCUAGAUGCUUUCAGUGGAAUGCUUUUGGAUGAUCACAUCCUUGAUGUUAUCUUUGACGAGGAGAAACGGCCACGGUGUCGCCGCCGGCCGCGACAGCGGCUUCUUCCAUCUUGGCAGAUACAAAUAGUAUGAUCUUCUUGGCCGUGGUUAGUGCGAAAAAUCUUUGAUUGCAAUUCCAAGUUGCAUAUGCUCUCCUUCCACGUGUAUAUCUAAAUUGAUUAUGUAGAAUGAGAAACAAAACGAAGGUGGACAGAACAUUAAAAUGAAGAUGUUUUUUUGGCAUGUAAC